AUGUCCUCUUCGUCUUCACGCAACGCCUCACGCCGCCUCCUCAAGGAACUCGACACCUGGACCAAGGUCGAGGCUGCCGACGAAAAGGGCAUCGAGCGCCUCGGCCCCGUCGCCGACGAUGAGCUGCUGGGCUGGGAAGCGGUGAUCAACGGGAGGGGCAUUGGCGGAGGAUACGAGGCAGACGGCCGCUGGCUGCUGCGCAUCACGAUCCCGCCCACGUACCCGCUGCAGCCGCCCAAGAUCGUCUUCGCCACGCCCAUUGUGCACGCCAACGUAGCCCUGCAGACGGGCGAGAUCUGCCUCGACCUGCUCAAGGACGCCUGGACCCCGGCCUACAGCGUGCUAGAGUGUGUGCGCGCCGUGCGCAUGCUGCUCGCCAACCCGGCUGUCGACAGUCCGCUCAACGUCGACGUGGCCGCGCUGCUCCGCGCCGGCGACGCCCUGGGCGCCCGCCACCUCGUCGAGCUGUGGGUCGACGAGGAGAGGUUUACGGGGGAGUAG